CACUGUGACUAUGGCAGGAGUUUUCUCGGGAUUUAAAGGAAAUUUUUGUUGUACGCAAAUAUUUUUUCUCGUGUGAAUUCUAUUAGAACGUUUGUUUAAGCAUGUCGGUAUAAGGGAGGAAUCCUAAGGAAAUUUCGACACAUCGCUGUAUGUGGAAGAUCCGUGGUGCAGGUUUUUACAGGUGUGCAAGCCGCCGUGCACCUCUAUCGCGGCAAAUAUGCAUAAAGCAAAUUACGAUAACUCAAACUGUAAUGAGUUAGAAAAAUGUCCCAGUGAUUUGGCACACAAGGGUUCCGACGAACCCUGAUGCGGCGUAGGCACGCAACUCAAUGAAGGUCAACAAAGAAGAAUGGGGUCCAAGGCACUGGCUCUCUGUGUCUGUAGAAAUGUCUUCUGUAGAUUGCCAAGGUGCUCCAAUGCUGCGGCAUCCUGGGGUGUCGCUCAGGAGGUGUUAUUCAGAAAUCCAACAAAAAUGAAUUUAUACAGGGAGAAAUAUUGCCAACAGAAAACUGCAUAUUGUACAGCUACGGCCCCCAAGGACACAGUAUUAGACAGUGUCUCUGUGGAACCAAGCGCCAGAAUAGUUGCUCUGCAGUGGAAAGAUGGCAAAGAAGACAGGUAUAAUUCAACCUGGUUGCGUUACAACUGCCACUGUGACCAGUGUAAACAGCCUCAUAGUGGUCAGAUUACCAUCAAUCCACUGUCCAUGCCAGCCCUAGUGACCAUCAAGUCUGUGUCUAGAGAAGGUGCUGAUUUAUGUCUGGUUUGGAAUGAGGAUCCAGAUCACACCGGCAGAAUUCCCCUGAAAAUGUUGAGAGAAAACAGCUAUUCCAAGGAGGCAAUAGAACAGAGAGCUCAGUCAGUGAAAACAUCCAGGAAAUGGGAUAAAAUUCCAGAGGUCACCUAUGAUGAAGUCAAUGCUAAUGACAGAGGGUUGUUGAGAUGGUUAUCAGCCCUGGUAGAUGAAGGCAUAUGUCUGGUCAAGGAGGUACCCACACAGUUAGGAACUGUGAAGCAGGUGGCUGAGAAAAUAUUUCCACUUCAGCAGACUAUAUAUGAGGAGGUGUUUGAUGUGAUCUCCAACCCAGAACCCAUCAAUGUGGCCUACUCCAGUUCCUUUCUGGACUUUCACAUGGACUUGAUGUACUACGAGUCACCACCAGGCCUCCAGUUUCUGCAUUGCGUUAGAUUUGACCCAGAAGUAACAGGAGGGGAAAGCAUAUUCCUUGACUGCUUUGUUGUAGCUGAAGAAUUCAGGGAACAGUAUCCAGAGGAUUUUGAAACAUUAGCACGUGUGCCAGCUACUUUUCAGAAAAUACACUUUGAAAGAGAAUAUCCAGUGUACAUGACCUACCAAAGGCCUCACAUAGCACUGAAUCACAGGAGAGAGAUAGUUGCUGUCAAUUGGUCACCAAAUUUUGAAGGACCUCUGUUUGUGCCUGAGGAAGAUGUAGAGCCAUAUUAUAAGGCUUAUCAUCGCUUUAUGUCAAUGCUCUGCAACUCGCCCCAUAUAAUUGAACGUCAUCUGAAUCCUGGAGACUUGAUUGUCUUUAAUAACAGAAGAGUUCUUCAUGGACGCAAGGCGUUUGAGCUGAAUGGCGGUAUGCGCCACCUACAGGGUUGUUAUGUGAAUAUUGAUGAAUUCAAGAAGAAGUUCCAAGUGCUGUCUUGCACAGUGGGUGAUGGACGGCCUGCCAAGAGAGUAGGGAAUCAUGAUUUCUUCUGAAGAAGUGAGGGGAAGGUGCAUUUUGUGAACUCUUUCAUCUCUUUGACAAGAUUUCAUGUAUUCCUCAAAGAUGACAUAAUGAUAAUAAAAUGACUGCACAUUAUGCUUUAUAUGCUUUGAAUUAAUUUUUCUAUUUUUAUGGCAUAUGUUGAUAAAUCAUUUUCAUGCUAUUUUGUUAAACCAAAAUUAUAAACAGUAUCUUAAUAUAUUUAUAACUUUUUUAACGAACUUGAUCUAUAUGAACAGAACUUUCAAAAAAUCGCUCAUGAUUGGAGGAAAAUUCCUCUCAAAUACUGCUAACCAGUAACUGUGUCAACACAGAAAAAA